UUAAUUUACCACAAAUAAAAUCAGUAAGGACUGAAACAAAUAUUGAAGAACCUGAAGUGAAAGGUGGAAAGAUAGAUAUGCCAGAUGUUGACAUUUCUCUUCCACGAGUAAAGGUAAAGGGAGAUGGCAAAGUUAAUGUCAGUAAGGGGGGCAAGUUUCAUAUGCCUCAAGUUGAUUUGUCACUUCCAAAGAUGAAAACAAGAUCCAUGGAAGUCAAUAUUGAAGGACCUGAGGUAAAAGGAAGCAAAGUUCACACACCUUCCCUUGACAUUUCUUUGCCUAAAGAUAAAACGGAGACAAACAUUGAUAUAGAAGGCCAUUCUGGAACAGGUAUGAAGUAUGAAAUGCCAACAAUUGAUGUUUCACUGCCAAAAGUAAAAGCUUCGGAAGGAGAUGUGGCUGUCGAAGGACAGGAAGGAAAGGAAAGAAAAUUUGGAAUACCUAAAUUUGAUGUUUCCUUGCCUAAAUUUAAACCAUCAGGAGGUGAAUUUGACAUUGAAGGUCCGGAUAUCAAGGUUGGAAAGAUUCACAUGCCCUCUGUUGAUAUCUCUCUGCCUGGAGGAGGAGCAGGAGGAGAUGUAGAUGUUGAAGGACCUGCAGGAAAAGGAAGAAAAUUUGAAAUGCCUAAAUUUGAUGUUUCCUUGCCUAAAUUAAAACCAUCAGGAUGUGAAAUGGACGUUGAAGGUCCCGAUAUCAAGGGUGGAACGUUUCACAUGCCCUCUAUUGAUAUCUCUCUGCCUGGAGGAGGAGCAGGAAGAGAUGUAGAUGUUGAGGGACCUGCAGGAAAAGGAAGAAAAUUCGAAAUGUCAAAAUUAGAUGUUUCUUUGCCAAAAUUAAAGCCAUUGGGAGGUGAAAUCGACAUUGAAGGCCCCAAUAUCAAGGGUGGAAAGAUUCACAUGCCCUCUAUAGAUAUAUCUCUGCCAGGAGGAGGAGCAGGAGGAGAUGUAGAUGUUGAAGGACGUGCAGGAAAAGGAAGAAAAUUUGAAAUGCCUAAAUUAGAUGUUUCCUUGCCUAAAUUAAAACAAUCAGGAGGUGAAAUGGACAUUGAAGGUCCCGAUAUCAAAGGUGGAAAGUUUCACAUGCCCUCUAUAGAUAUCUCUCUUCCAGGAGGAGGAGCUGGAGGAGAUGUAGAUGUUGAAGGACCUGCAGGAAAAGGAAGAAAAUUUGAAAUGCCUAAAUUUGAUGUUUCCUUGCCUAAAUUAAAAACAUCAGGUGGUGAAAUGGACAUUGAAUGUCCCGAUAUCAAGGGUGGAAAGUUUCACAUGCCCUCUAUAGAUAUCUCUUUGGCAGGAGGAGGAGCAGGAGGAGAUGUAGAUGUUGAAGGACAUGCAGGAAAAGGAAGAAAAUUCAAAAUGCCAAAAUUAGAUGUUUCAUUGCCAAAAUUGAAACCAUCAGGAGGUGAAGUUGACGUUCAAGGUCCCAAUAUCAAGGGUGAAAAGUUUCACAUGCCCUCUAUUGAUAUCUCUCUGCCAGGAGGAGGAGCAGGAGGAAAUGUAGAUGUUGAGGGACCUGCAGGAAAAGGAAGAAAAUUUGACAUGCCUAAAUUAGAUGUUUCUUUGCCUAAAUUAAAACCAUCAGGAGGUGAAAUUGACAUUGAAGACCCGGAUAUCAAGGGUGGAAAGUUUCACAUGCCCUCUAUAGAUAUCUCUCUGCCAGGAACCGCAGAGGGAGGGCUUAAACUGGGAGAUGAUACUAAAAAAGGUUUAAGAUUUCACAUGCCCACUGUUGAUAUCUCUGUCCCUAAAAUGAAACUAACAGAUCGUGAACUAAAAGUUGGGUCAGAGAAGAAAGACAUAGACUUUAACUUGACUCAUGAUUCUGAUAUAGAGACCAAAGCCAAAAUUAGUGAUUUAAAUGUCCCUGAAGUAACUUUUGGUGGGAACAUCAAGCUGCCAAGUGUGAAAAUACCAACUGUUGACAUAUCUGCUCCUAAAGUUGACCUGGACUUUACUCUUCCCAAGGGAAAGGGCAGUGAUAGAGAAAACAUUGAACUUCUUAAGGCAGAGGGUGGAAGGCCGUCAUCUGGGGCAAGUUUUGAUGUUCCAGAGGUCUCUGUAAAAAUGCCCAAAAUUUCACUUCCUAAAUUUGGCAGAAAAUUGAAAAGUGGUGACAAACUAGAACUGGAGAGUCCUGACUUAUCUAUAGAUUUGGAAAUGGAAAGAACAUCACCAUCUAAAAAGGAUAUUGAAAUAAUUGGUCCUGACACUGAAAUGAAGAUAAAAGCAGGUGCUGAAGAAAUUACAAAACCAGAAUUCAGAGUAGAGGGUCCUGAAGAUAAGGUCAAAUCCAAGCUCAAAUUCCCCAAAUUCAAGACACCUACUCCUAAAGCAAAGCUCAAAGAUGUAGAAAUGGGUAUGCCUGGAUAUGUGGAUAACAAAGGAAAGGUCAGAAUGCCAGCAUUUGAGAUAUCAUUGCCAACAGCAAAUAUUCCAGAAUGUGAGGUAUUGCUUCCUAAAACUGGGGUUGAUGUAUCUGAGGCAGAUAUCAGAGGUUAUGAGGGCAGUUUAAAAAUUCCCAAGAAGCCAAAAAUUGACAUAUCAGUUCCAAAGGUUGAUUUGGAUGUUUCCUUGCCUAGGGUGAAACUUCAUGAACCAGUGGACUCUACUGACUUAAACACUGAUGGUAGUAGGGGUACAGUAAAUUUUCCCCAUGUCAAGGUCCCUAAAGUAGACAUUUCACUUCCUCAUGCAAAAACGGGUGCAACAGAUAACCAUGAGGUGGAGGUUGGAAGGAAGGGUAAAUUAAGAAUGCCAGAAGUGGAAAUAUCAUUACCACAUGCAAAACGUGACACACCUUACACUGACACUGAAAUUAAAGGUGAAAAGCUAAAAAUACCAAAAAUGUCAGUGCCCAGUGUUGAUAUAUCAUUGCCUCAUGGAAAGGAAAAUGAUGAUCCUGAUAUAGAAUUUGGAGUGAAAGGGAGUAAAUUAAAAAUGCCAGACAUUAUAGUGCCUAAGAUAGAUUUUUCACUACCUCAUGGAAGGAAAGAAGAAAGUCACGCACUUGAUUCAGAACUAGAAGGUGGAAAAUUAAAGACACCAAAAAUUGAUAUACCCCUUCCUAAAAUAAAAUCUAAAGAUGUUGUUUCAGAACUUCAACCUGAUGUAGGAAAAGGUAAAGUCAUGAUCCCUGGGAUUAGGGGAUCUAUGGAAGUAAAAGGUGGACAAUGUAAAAUACCUGAUAUUAAGAUACCACAGGUAGACAUAUCAUUACCAGAAAGUAGAACUGGAGAGUUUGAUACUAAAGAGGGAGAAUCUGGAGGAGGGGGUGGAAAAUUGACAAUGCCAAAUGUUAAAAUCCCCAAACUAGAUAUAGGAAUGUCUAGAGAUGCAGACAUGUCAGAUCCUUCUACUGAUGCAAGCCUUAAGGAUUCACAUAAAGAGGGUAAAAAGACGAGGAUGCCUAAUGUGGAUCUAGAGCUGGAUCUUGGCUUAUCAAGAGACGGAAAAAAGAAUAAAAAGAAAUCUGAACUUCAAGAUACUGAUCUGGAACCCGCAACGAAAGAAAAAAUAAAAGGGCCAAAAGUUAAAGGUACAAAAUUUAAUAUUGGAAUGCCAAAAGUAAAAGUUUCUGGAUUAGAAACUUACAUAAACAAGUCUGAAAAAAUGGAUGCUAAAUUUCUAAAAGGAGGAACUGAUGCAAACUUGAAAGCUGAUUUACAAGCACCAAAGAUUCCCGAACUUGACUUUGACAUUGAGACUGCCCAAGCUGACACUAAUAAUUCUGAUGAAGAUAAAAAGCAGACUGGUAAAGUCAAAAUUCCAAAGUUUGGGAUUCCUCUGCCUUCUUUAAGUUCACCUGAAGCCAACAUCAAAUCAUCUCAGGGAAAAGGUCACUCUAUAAACAUGGACUCCAAGGUAGAGUAUGAAAGCCCACGUCUGCCAAAAGUAACAAAAGCUGUAUUUGUUAUGGUGAAUCCACAAACGGAGAGCUCUGCUUGUGUAGGUGGUGAAGCAAGUGCAGAAAUUGGAGAUGUGAAGAUCAAACAGCCAAAGAUCAAAAUGAAGCCGAAUUUUGGCAAGUCUCGAUCAAAUGAAAAGGGGAGAGCAAUAUAUUGCGAAGAUGAGGUGGAAACUGGUAAGCUUAAAUUGCCCAAAGUCACAUUUUCGUCUGGGCAGAGAGGAUCAUUUGAUGUAACACCAAGUGGGUCUGAUGAUGGAACAAGUCCAAGUCUAAAUGGUGACAAAGAUGAAAAAACAAUGUUUGGAAAGCUUAAAUUGCCUAAAGUGGAGUUUUUCUCACCAUACUCAAAAGAUGCAAGUGAGGAAGAGGAAUUGGAAACAAGCAUGAAACUCAGGAAGGAGAGCUCAGGAGAAAGCAAAGAGAGCAAGGAGUCAAAGACAAUAUCAGGCACAAUGUCUUUCCCAGGUCUCAAGAAGAAAACAGAGAAGGAUGAGGAGGUGAGAAAGAUUAGUACUAUAGUAUCCUCAAAAGCAAGGACUGAAAUGUUGGCAGAACGGGAGGGAUCAGAGUCUCCAGUACCCACAGUAUCAUCUGGAUUCGUCUCUGUUAUGAAAUGUGAAGAAAGAGAGGAGACAACAUGGUUCAAAGUACCCAAGGUCACCCUUAGUCCCCAUUCUACUGACAUCCUUCAUAUCACACCAGAAAGUUCUCCAAAAGGAAGCAAGUCCUCUCUUCCUUGUUCUAUCGAGGAAGCCUCUGGAGGUUUCUAUGUGAAGAUGCCAAGCGUAGAAUUUUUGACCCAUGAAAUGCCCUCCGAGCAUCUGAUUACUAAAACAGAGGGAACUCUUACUGUAGUGACUAAGACGACAAAGUAUACAGAAACAAAAUGUACCAGUUCGAAACAGUAAGAAUCUCAGUUACAGAACUGUGACAUAUAAUCGGUAGUGGAAUAAUAAUUAGGCCCACAAAUUUGUAUGUGACAAUUGUUUCAGUCUUGCAGGUUUUAUUCUAUUUAAAGUAAAGAAAGCAAACAUAUUUUCUCCAGAUUUUGCAACUUAUACAUAAUGAAAAUGUUGCUACAAAAAGAAUAUUAUUUAUUUUAGACAUUAUUUUCAUGUUUUGUAACUUGCCACUCUGUAUGACACUUUGAAUUUAAAUAUUUGUAAAGAUCACAUGAUAUUUACACAAAAAUAUUUAGUUGUAGAUAAAAAAAACAACAUAGGCACAAAUCUGUAGAACAUAGACAGAUGCAAAGAUAUUUAAAAAACAUUACAUUUUUACAUUUUCUUAUGAUUUUCUUGUGCAGUCUUGCAUGAUAUUUAUGCUGUAGAAUUACAGCAUUUUGGUAAUAUUGCUUUGGUUUUUCGAUGCCUGGUUUGUCUCUGUAGUUUUCAGUUGUUGUUAUGGAAUUUUGUUUAUUUUAGAUACUAUUAGAAAUACAUGUACUAUUUUUAAAUAUUUAUAUGCAUGAUCUGUACAGAUAAGAAACUAGAAAGAAAGCCUGUAGAGUAUUUUUGUGAUGCAUAUUUUUGUGACUUUUAAGAUAAAUUUAAACAAUAUGAAGUUUUUUUUCAUUCACAAUUUUUAAGGAUUGUGACAUGCUGUACCAGAAAGCAUUUCUCUGUUCAGAAGAAAUGCUCUGAAUUCUUAUGAAUUGUAAACACUGAGUGUGAAAUGUUUUUCUUUUCUUUUCUUUUUAAAAUGAACUCUUGCGUUGUUGAUGGAAUUGGCCUACCUGCGAGCAAUAUCAUUGUAUAUAUAUUAUAUUUAAGACAGGUUUAAUUAAAGAACUGCAUGCUUGUAAUGUGUUGCUUUUUUUGAAACAAUCAUUUAGAUGAUGCUUAUCUCCAUCUAAUGCAAAAAUAGAACAGUCAAAUAAAAUAUUAACAUUCUAA